AAGAAGGAGCUCUCCACUGGAGAGCGCGCACACACACACACACACACACACACGGUCAGAGCGGAGCAGAGCAGAGGAGCUCUCAUCCUGAUCGGUACCAGACGGACCGUCGACUUUAUUGUUGUUGUGCGAGUUUUACUACGUUUUAGUGUAGUUAGUCUUUUUAAAUUAAGAAUAGUUCAUAUUUCACUUUGAGAAACUUUGGUGUCAAGUUUGAUCAUAUUUUUUGUCACGAUUGGGGUUGAUUUAUCAAGCCUAUUUGUUUGGAAUAUAUUCAGGGAUUAAAGGUGGAUACUUCACGACGCGCAGAAGUCGUCUUGAAACAAGUCGCCCAGGAUUGUUUCUUUUCGACGCAGGAGCGCCCAACUUGUCCGUGCGACUUCGUCUGGGGGUGUUUUUUUGUUUUUUUUUACUUGAGUGGUCCCAGAAAUGGUGGGGCACCUCCAUUUACAAGCGAUGGAUGAUAGCCUAAAAGGAAAGAACCGGGAAGGGCUUCUCGACAGUCCGGAUUCGGGGUUGCCCCCCAGUCCCAGUCCGCCCUUCUGCUCAAUCUCCCCGGGUCUGAUCGAGUCGGGCUCCGGCAGCUGCACGACGCCCGUCGAAAGCCACCAUGGAUAUUAUAAAAAGGAGAGUAGAGAAGGCAAACUGCUGCCCUACCUGCUGCUAAACUCCACGAGCACAGACCCAAAGACUCGCAUGUACCCCGUGUUCUUCGGAGAAAGCAUCGAGGUCAACCCCAAACCAGAGCAGGAAAUCAAGUGCAACUCCGAGGUCAAGUACGACUCCGACAAGCACUACCAGGACCGGGUGUACUGCGCCCUUGUUCCCACGCCCACCUCCUUCAGCGAGACAGUGGUAGCGGUGCGCAACUGCACAUGGAGGAGCUACAAGUCCCAGGUGUACCUGGAGCUGCGGCAGAAACCCAUCAGCUACCAGAGCACCACCAUCAUCUACCCAAAACACGCCAAGAACUCUUACCGCACCACGCUCAACUACAACGCCUCGGGCUCCCGCCGCUGGUUUGUCUCCACGGUGCAGCUGGAGUCGAGUGAGGAUAUUAGUCCCUGCAUCAUCUACACUGAGGACCUGUAGAGCCCAGACCGCACUGGGAGAGGGCUACCUGGUGAUCAUCUUAUUUCUUUUGGAGGACUAGGAACUUGGGAGCGGAAAUACUUCAAGUAAUACCCGAAGUCCGACUUUGUACUCGCCAUGGAGGAAACUCUGGGAUACCUUGAGUGACAUUUCACCGAAGUGUAUUUAGACUUUCUACUGAUGCAGUCUUUAAAAAGGGAGUCUGUUCUCUGGCAGUUUAAAGCUGCACUUCAAUGGUUAAUGUCUUAUUUAAUACAAGAGCUGACAAAUUGGUAUCCUUCGCUCUUUCAGGUUGGACUGUAACCUCAGUGAAGGUAACAGACUGUAGACGUCUGUGUGUGUGUAGAGAGAAGUCCAGAUGACGUGUGUGGUGGAAUUUAGCCGAGUCUGCGCAAACCCAGUCACACCAAUGCAAAGCUUUCUAAUAUGGCUCUAUUGCACUUGUUUUCUAUAUAUCACAGUCCUCCUAGUGGACUUGACAUUGCAGGGGGGGUUCAGUACUGCAUAUGAGAAAUUGGACCAAAGAUAGUUUAUCUAUUUGUAAUAACUCCUCACACUGAGACAGAACACUUGCUUUUGUUGUACAGUUUAGAUUAACACACAUUCAAACCGCAGCGUGUCUAGUUGGAUCAAGCAAUUAAUUAAACUCGACUGCACGUUGCAAGGUGUCCUGUUUAUUCACCACAGCGGUCUCAAGACUAAGUCUAAUGAAAAGAAGGAUCGCAGCACAAUAACAACUGAUUGCCUUGAGAAUAUUUAAAGCACUUGGUUUAAAAUCUAAAGUUCUUUGCAACAAUAAAUAUUCAGCCAUCUUGGCUCACUGUACUCAUGGUUUUAAGACCUGCUUAACUGAGUGUCUGUUAAAACGUCCUUUGAAUACUUUGGGGGAGAUAAUGUCAGAGUGAAGGGUGUUUUGGUGAACAGGUUGGAAAAAAAACCUCCUUGCUUAUUAAGAGUUUAAACUGCUUCAUCAGGAUCACACGUCAUCUAUAGUUACAAGACGAGUGAGAACAUGCAUGUAUGUUUUCAGGGCCUUUAAGAAUCAUUGUAUGGUUUUCUUUUUUCAUAACUGUUUUGAACCGGCUUUGGUGUCAGAUGAUGGGGCUUGUCAAGCAAGUGCCAAACAGCAUAGACAAUCACGGGAAGUGUUUGACAAUUUGAAACACUUCUCUGGCUCAACUCUCGGUACUGAACAAAGCAUACUUAUGCUGUGGUCACUUACUCGUCAAUUUCUGCAUGAGAGCCAAACACAAAAACAAGAACUAUUUCCAACUGCAAUUAUCUGGAUCGUUCAGUGCUGCGGGGGAAUCUGCGUUUCAACCGCCUCUCAAAGUGAGGCUCAAACUCUUCAGGAACAGGUGUCACCAGCUGUUCGUAAAUUCAUCAGUCUGUGCAUGAAGUAACUCAUCUUUUGUUUCAAACUCUGGAUUUACUUCAUGUUGCACAAUUAAAACUUAAGGAAUGUAUUUGCUUGGAAAGAUCUGCAGCUCUGUCCAAUGAAAAGAGAAUCAACCAUCUAAACAUGAAGUCACUUUUUUAGAUUUUUUUUAGAUGGAAAACAAUACAUUAACCUCGUAAUCUUUUGUAAAUAUAGAUGAUACAUUGUUUUGUUUAUAAGUCAGUGUUUUUCACUGUUGGUAUUAAUGCAGUUUUUGAUUAUGCUAAAAAAAGCUAACGUUAUUCUGUAAUUUAGUCUGACAUUAUGAAAGUGAAGUCACGUUAAGUAAUUUGAAUCAUGUUGUUACUUUAGUGAAUAUACACUCUAAACCCCUCAUAUGUUAGCACACUAAAGUUAGCUAACUUUAUGUACAGCAGCUAAUGCCAACAGUUACAGUCGGCACAAGAACUCCUUUGUGUGAUUCAACUUACAAGCCCUUUUAUUUCAGUGAACUGUACACCUCCACUUACAGGAGUAAACACUCAGUAUCGCUCAAGGUUUGAAUUUACGAAUCUCUGGUGUUUCAUUUUGUUUUCAGAUAUUAACAAAUUGUCAAAAUGGAAAGUUUCUGAUCCGAGGUGACCCAAAAGCAUUAAACCACUCUGUAACUGCCAACAUGUAAAAACCACAUCAGAUAUCCCUGUUGAAGAUGUAAAAUCGAUUUUUAUUGAGCGUUUCAAUUACUUUUUUUUUUUCUGUCUGUCUCUAUUUAGAUUAUUGAACAAGGCAAAUAUUAAAAUGUCAAACUUUACUUCAGAUUUUCAAUGGUAUCAGUUUAACUUCGUUGCAAAUAAGUUCCCCGACUUUCAGUUGUGUUUUUUAAAUUUGCGGUCUUGUUAUUUGUAUAGUUUGAAAACCCUUCCAGGUAAGAUAGGAGAGGCACGCAGCUUCAAGGAGGGAACAGUAAGUACGAAGAGCCAGACAAGAAUAGAAAAACAAGGUCUGCUCUUUCAAAACAAACAUAAUAGAUGAGAUGAGGACAUUGUUUUGAAGAUGGCUUUUUAUACUGUAAAGUUCCAGGAAAGAUGUUGGAGAGUUUGGCUAUGCGUAGAUGGUCUGUGAAAUGUCAGAGAACGAUGAGAGCAAGUUGGUGGGUGUUUAAUACGUUGGUGGUUUUAUGUGAAAUACAUUUGUGUUUCCUAACACUUGAUUUUGUUACUGUAAAAUAUUUUCCUGUUGUAUAUGUUAGCAUUGAGGCACUUCAUAAUUCUCUUUAUAUUUUUGUACAUCAAUCAUCGUUCUUGUUCUGAUCAAAGAAAAUAAUUUAAAAAGAUGUAUAUCCUAAAUGAAUAAAAAAAGGCAAUUCCCAAA